AUGGCCAGCAUGCCUAUCAACGCGGCCGGACAUUUCGUCCAUGGAAACACGGUGGCCCCCGCACACCCCAGUCUGAUGUCCAUGUUCUCUCUCAAGGGCAAGACUGCUAUCGUGACCGGUGCUGGUGCUGGUAUUGGUCUUGCUGUUGCGGAGGGUUUGGCUGAAGCCGGUGCCAACGUUGCCUUCUGGUGGAACAGCAACGCCAAGUGCCCUGAACGAGCAGCAGCAAUUGGUGCUAAGUAUGGUGUCCAGACCAAGGCUUACAAGGUUAACAUCACCGAUGCCGAGGACGUCAAGAAGGCCGUCGACCAGUGCGUGAAGGACUUUAAUGGUCGCCUGGAUGUCUUUAUCGCCAACGCUGGUAUCCCCUGGACUCAGGGUCCUAUGGUGGACGGCCCUCUCAGCCACUACUCGGACGUCGUGGACAUCGAUCUGAACGGUACCUACUACUGCGCCAAGUACGCUUCUUACUACUGGAGGAAACAGAAGGAAGAGGGUGUCGACCUCUUCGGCAACAAGCUCACCAACUUCACCUACGGAAGCUUUGUUGCGACCGCCUCCAUGAGCGGCCACAUCGUCAACUUCCCCCAGUUGCAGGCUGCCUACAAUGCUGCUAAGUCUGGCGUCAUCCACUUGUGCAAAUCCUUCGCUGUCGAAUGGGUCAAGUUCGCUCGCGCCAACACCGUGUCGCCCGGCUACAUCGCAACCGAGAUCUCCAACUUCGUGCCCAAGGAGACCAAGGAUAUCUGGCGGGACAAGAUCCCCAUGGGCCGUGAGGGAGAGGCGGAGGAGCUCAAGGGUGCCUACCUGUACCUCGCGUCGGAUGCCUCCAGCUACACUACGGGGGCGGAUCUCAUUGUGGAUGGUGGCUACUGUGCCCCAUAA